UCGAGCCGCAUCCAAAAAAUCUCGCUGCCGACUGCCGAGCGCCCUAGCCGCCUCGCGCGAGCGCCGCCACCCCUCCCCAUACCGCAGCCGAGUGCCCCAGCCCCCUCGCGCCACCGCCGGUCCCGACCGUUUCUCCUCCAUCGAUCACCCCACGAACCGAUUUCAUCUUCCCCAAUUCCUGACCUGAGGGCUGAGGCUGAUGGGCGUUCGGCGAUUUGUGAAUCUGCUGGCGCUGAACCGCGCAAGAUGCAAUCAUUCGCUGCACCGUUUCGAUCUGUCGCGCAACCAGUUCUUCUACGCAACACAGGAAGAAGUAGCUUCACAUGGGCGACUUCUGCCGAUGCAAAAACAAGCUGCGGUGAGACCUUCUUGCCUGAAAUCUCCCCUGCAACAGAAAGACAAGGCACGCGGGAAGAAGAAGAAGAAGCAGCAGCAGUUAGCGGCCAAAGAUAUCGGGACAAUUCGGCUGCCGGCACCCAUGUUCAACAUGCGGCAGGCGCCAGGCCCGACGGGUAUGCCCGGCCAACUAAAGGUGGAUGCAUUCGCUCUCUCGGAAACCAACAUCAUGUUGGCGGACCACCAUAGACGCGUCUUGGGCUACGACGCCUCCUCGCACUGCGCCGUGACCAUGCCCAGUCUCCACGCUCCCAAGGUUGAUCCUUUGGCCCUCUCCAUCCCCGGAGAAGGCUCGGAAGGCAGCAUCUACAUCAUCGAGAGGAUUCUCUGCCCAGAGACACAGAGGAGCUUCCAGUUCGAGGCCCUCUUCUCCGGCGGGCACCCCAGCAGGUGCGGGUACUAUCCUUUGGAUACCUGGCAAUGUCAGGCGCUCCCGCUGCCGCAGAUAUCGUCGGAACGAGCAUUGGUAUGCUCUGCCGCGGCGGUGGGCAAUGUCAUCUGCAUCUCCGUGUCUGGCUUUGGCACCUACUGCUUCGACAGGGGUAGCCAUUCCUGGAGCCAUGCCGGUGACUGGAUGAUGCCCUUCUUUGGCACUGCCGAGUAUGAUCCCGACCUCAACCUCUGGUUUGGCAUAUCUGAUCGUGAUUACUACUUGCCUUGCGCUGCCGAUCUCUCACCUGUCGCCAGAGGGCAGCCGCCGGAGCCGGGAUUGUUUUGGGGACAUGAUGAUCACCUGCCGGAGGAGUGGUAUUAUAGCCUGGGCAGGCCCUCCCAGAUUCUCAGACUGGGUUCUGGCAGGUCAUAUGCCGUGUUUACUGGUCUGGAAGUGUUGCCUAGCAAAGGGAAGCAUGGGAUUCGUGUGGUUAGCCACAAGUACAGACGCUGCAGGAAUCCCGACACCAAUCCCAUCCGCCGUUUGCUCUGAAGUCUCUAUGCAUCAUCCUUUAAUUUGUCAGUAUUACAGGAGACUGUUUGGGUCUUUGCUAUAGCCUUGUAUUGCUUGUCUUCAGAUUUAGUACAAAAUCUGAGACACUUAUUAUGGAUCGGAUUCGGAUGGGAGUAGAUAACUUUUGGAUAAUCUUUCAGCUCUCAUUAUGAUUUACCGUGAAUUUCCACCGUCUGAUGUUGUUCCUUACGUUGCAAUGACAACUACCAUGAGUUAUUCCA